UUGAUCUUCAAGGGUAGCGGUGUGGUGGGCGCGUUUCAUGUCUUGGCUGAAAAUCGGUCACAGGGGGUUGAGCCAGAUGAGCCGAGAAGUCCUGGUUACAGUGCAAGUGUUGCGAGUCUAUCGGAUCUUGAAACUGAAGAAAUUCCAUUUAGAGCCAUUGACAUGCUUGCUUCAAAACCUGUUUUCAGACGUGAUUUGGCUGUUCCUGCACACUCAACUGCCUUCGAAGGUGGGAAUAUUUUUGGUAGUCCAUCUAACGCUGAUGCGUCCCCUGCUCAUGAGCCUGGACAUGAUUCUAAGCAUGAUGUAGACAAUGUGCUUGAUGUGCAAACUGAGCAUUCGUUUGAUGGGCCAGACCAGCAGUGGGAGCCCCAGUGUGAUACAGAAGAGUUUGCUCCGCAACAGCAUGGGGUGACACUUGCAUCUGCCCAGUGGAAUGAAAUCAUUGCCAGUAGCUUUGCGCAGUUUCAGCAGACGCAACCAGCUUUGAGAUUGCCGUGGGAAGUUGGAACCAUGGCAGCAGUUUUUAACAUAGAUGAAAAUCCACUGCCGCAGUGCCUGGGUCUGGCAGAGAUGGAUAGAUCCUCCAGCGCUCAGUCCUCAGAUAGCUUGCAGCAGAAGUUAACUUCCUUUACAAUGCCCCACGGUGCAAGUUUUGUUCACGCUGUUAAGAGCAUGCGAGACAUGAACUUUUUUGAAGAGAAAAGUCAACGUUUGGACUUAGCAUGUGCACAGUGGCUGAACAUUCUUUCAAUUGAUUGGAGCGCUUCUGGCGUUGGGCCGCAACUUGCAGCCUCGCUGCAAAAAGACCACUCUGGAAGCGACGCAACCAUGAUCUUGAGAUCGUGUUUUGGGGUCAAGAGCCCUUCCACUUUGUUGAAAAGAGCUGGCUCCAUUCAGAAGUUCCUCAGCUGGUUCGACAGAAGUGAUACCUGCAGGGAGUUGGGCGCAAGAGCAAUCCCUUUACAAGAACCGGUUGUAUGGGAGUUUUUCGUCUGGCUGAAGCAGCAGCGCCUCGCAGAUGCCAAAGGGUACACAGUCCCCUCGGCCUUUCUGGAAACGGUGAGGUUCUGCCGAUUCACGCUAGACCUCCAUGGAACGGAGGGCAUACUGGGAUCCCGCAGGCUCUCCGGCAUCUACGCAACCUUCUUCGACAUGCGUGCCGGAGGUGAGGAAGGAGGUUGGGAUGAGGUGGCAGUGGGGGAAAGGGCAAAGGAUACAACAAGGGACGUGGCGAACAGUUCAAAGGAACUAAGGGUGGAUCAAAGUCUCUCACUUCUCCUGACACUGCUGAUGUCGAGCGAGAAUUUCGCUUAUCUAUUCAAGAAGCACUUCCUGAGCAAGCUAGGUAUCGCGCUCAACCUUCAUUACUGGCGGAAGAGUGGAAUGCACCCAUCGUGCCUUAUCAACAACUUGGAUCUUCUGGUGGGAUUUCAAUUUGCCCUAAGCAUGCGCUUCCUGCAGUCCUUCGACAAGUUGGACAUACAGCACGACCUUGUGCUGUGCUUUUGGUUGAAAGUCCUGAUGCACUUGGGCUCAAAUCAUACCCACGUUCUAUUGUCAGUUGCUCGUUAUCAGUUGCUGGCAACGACUGUGCACGUGAACGUGUCACUGUCCAGAGAUUCUUGGUACAAUUGGGGUUUGGACCUCCUGUGCUACGGCAGGUUGAUGGUACGGAAGUACGCAUUGAUAUUCACAUGCGUCGAAUGGCUGCGAAAUUUAGUGUGCACCGUGGUUGGGCUCCUGGUGAACACCCUGGAAAUAUUCUGGUGGCACAUGUCCAACAGUGGAUUCCUGACAUUGCGAUUGAUCAAGUACAGCCACGAAUCAAUGGCUCUUUUUCCUUUCUUUGCCACUCAGGGCAGGUUGACCCUUUUACAGGCUUCUGGGCAGGAUGGUGUGUUUUACAAACAGCUUGACUCUGAUGAAAACUUUGAAUUGGUUUGGUUGCGAGAAGGUGCGUCAUUGGAAGAAGCACGGCGUCUUGCAACAGAGGAUGCCGCUUCGUUCGGCCUUGCUGAGAAAGGGAAAACUGGAUUAUUGGCUGUCCGUUUCAAAACGGUUGAUGCUGCUUCUUCUUUCGCUACACGGCAUAGCCUUUUUGACUCCGCCUCUGUUGGUCGGUGGAAGAUCUCUGGUGUCCCAUCUUCUACGGGAUUGCAUGGUUUGUGCGAGUUGCUGCAUGCCCGCAAAUGCAACAGCAGCAGUCUUUUUUGCAGAAAGUUGUGUCAGAAGCAGCUUCGAGAAGCAUACACAAUGCCCCAGCUUCUCCUCGACGGAGUUCUGCUGAAAAAAGAACAGCCACCAGGUGACGUCAUUGCCAUUUGUGAGACCAAUCUGGAUUGGCAAGAAGCAUGGGCUCAUCCUGACUUGUGGGGCGGUCGCAUUAAUCGUGGUGCAGAAGCUGUUUUCUUAGCAGUUUGUACGGACUUGGAAUUGUGUCCCACGGAUCAAUACGUCUACUGCUGGGAUCCCGCAGGCUUUUGGGGUUCGCAGCACUUGAGAGGCAGGCCAAGGGGCCAAGCAGACAGGCAUGAGCAAUACCUUCCCAUCGUCGUGCCGUGGGAUGGUAUUACAAAUGAUCCCUGGCUUGAGACCUUCAUGGAAGUUUAUGAUUCAUGCGGCUUGCAACUGAACAGACGUCCGUUGGGGCCGCUGCUUCCUGCUCCGAGGGUUGAUGGAACUUUCUGUGCAAGGCCUCUCACAACUUCAGAGGCUGCAGAGUGGCUACGUGGUUUGUUGCAUGGAACGCCAGACCACUCGAGCUUCAGGAGUCACUCACUCAAAGCAACGUUGUUGGGGUGGGGAGCUCGCGCAGGUCUUGACAAAGAAACCAGAGCAGUUCUGGGGCACCAUUGUAACUCCUUGAAUGGAUCAGAGGUUGUCUACAGCCGUCAGUUGCAGACACGGGCCCUUAGAAAGCUUGGUCUCAUCUUGAAGAGGGUCCGGAUGGGGCUCAGCCUAGAAGAUGAUGCAAUGCGUGAGCUGGGCGUCAUCAGUACGCCUCCUCCUCUCACUCCAAGAUUGGCAGCCACGAUGCCGGUGCUUUCCCAACCUGCUGCCCCAAGCUCACAUGCCCAGGUGGUAGCUGCUGCAGGUGAAAUAGCAGUGGAUGCUGCUGUGGGAGCAGCGCUUGAGCUUGAGGAACUACAGAGCGUGAAGGAAGAACAGCUUGACUUGCAAACCUUGGAAGAAGCUGCUGACAGGCUCACCUUGUUUCCGGUCGAGCUUGUGUCUGCUGGUGUCAUUGAGAUUGAGUCGUCAUCUGGCAGUGACAGUGACAGUAGUGGUUCAUCUUCUGACAGCUCUACAAGCAGUACAAAGGAGCCUGGACCUAAGAGUGUGCGUUAUUGUGAAGAUGUGCCUGCCAACGUUGACUACUUUAGACACCACAAGAGCGGCAUUUUGCACAGCUGCAAGUUGAAUGAUGUGAGCAUUGAAACCUUGGUACAGGCGGCAUCAGGGAGACCACCAACGCUGAACGAGAGCACCAUUUUGAAGAGAGUCGCUUUCGAAGCGCAGACUUUCUUGACAGCAACUCUGAGACAACAGGUUGGCAGGACAGAUGAUGCACCCAGGAGAAUUGCUUUCGCUGAAAGAAAUACUCGUAUGGAAGCUCUUCGAACCACGCUUGGUGGACUGACCAUCAGUGGCGAGUUGGAGCCUGCCCAUUCUUUGUUGGAUCGAGUGUGCAACUUGUAUGAGACAAACUCCAUCAAGCACCUGGACUUGGCGACAUGCAUUUCAAGAACGCAGGAAAUUCAAGGCACCACAAAGAACAAGGAACUCACGCUUGAAAGGGGAUCCUUAGUCCUCAGGGCGGGAGAUGACAAGGCGACAUGCCCAACAGAUUCCGAGAUAAAGGUGCAUUACGCAUUUGUGCGAAGGGGUGUGGCCAUGCAAUUUGCAAAGCUCAUGAGUUACAAUCAGCAUACCCAAUGGGAAACGUUCCUUUUCGAAGCCAUGCAUCGUGAGCCACCCCCGGGCUUUUCUAGGCCCCCUCUUGCCGCCAUUCUACAAUGUGACAAAGCAGCUUGGGGGCGUCUUAGCGCGACAGUGAGUUCAGUGCGACAGAAAGAGGAUGGCACCUAUCCCCUUGGGAUUGCACUCUUGGAGUUGAGGUCAGAUCCUGCAAUAGCCCUUUACUUGAUGCCUACAACAAAGAGCUCAGGGGGUGCACCAGCAGCUUCUACACCGUGGAGAUCACACCCUUAUAGCUCCUCGGGUUCAGGGCCAAGGCCCAAAGGAACGGGCAAGGGAAAGAAAGGUGGCAAGCCGUCAUCCCCACCUGUUCCUUCUGAGUUGAGAGGGAAGUGGCAUCGCUCUCCACAAGGAGAGCCAAUCUGUUUCGGCUACAAUUGCCGUAGUGGUUGUGCAGAGAAGCACAUCAAGCCUGGCCAGAAGUGUUCGAAGGGACUUCACAUUUGUGCAGAACCACGCUGCGGAGUUGCAGCAACCAUGGAGAACCCGCGAAGCAGCUACUUUUGGCUGACCAAAUGGUUUCUCCAGCUCAUGGCAACCACAGACCUUUACUGUGGUGAUUUUCAGGUCUGCAUGUUGGGUGGAAGCCGUGACAAGUGGACACGCAUAGUGGCAAAUUUUCCUGGCAUCACUAGCCUCAACAUUCGUUGUGAUCGCCGGCAUAGUCAUGAACCAUGGGGUUUUGCGAGAGAUGACACUGGUCAAAAAGUAUGGGCAACCUCUCUGGAGUCUCAGUAUCCUAAAAAGAUGCGCGUUGCUCUUGUCAACAUUCUUUUGCAGUUCUUUGCGGCAAAUGGCAUGAAACUGAAAGCAGAGUCGUUGGAAGACGACACAAACCCGUUGCAAGCAACGCAACAGGCUCAGAUCAGUGCGGGCUACCAACCACGGCCUUCACGCGUCCCUCCAGUUGUUGCUGAUUUCUCUUCGGUGGCUGUCUUUUUGGUAAAAGAGUUGGCAGAAAUUCCAUGUGCACUGCUUGCAAAGUUAGACAAGGAUAUCACGUUGCAUACAAUCGAAGGGCUCCCAGUUACUGUUCCAAAAUACAGCCGUUAUUUGCGUUUUUCAGCUCUUGCUGCCCCUGUUAAAGGGGGAGAGGAGGGGCAAAGUGCGCAGAGUGCAAAAGGGAAACUGGAUCAUGGCAUGUCGUUGGUCAGGGCCAAGGAACUUGAGACUGAAGAGAAGGCCAAUGCUUUGCUUAGGCACCCGAAGGUUGCGGAGGUAACAUGUGAAAAACGUAUCCUGCUCACUAGGGAGAUGCUAGAAGAGAUUGCGUACGAAGAUACUGAUGCUUUGAAGCUCUUGCAUGAGGGUGCGACAUUGGCAGGUGAAAUUGAACCUUCCAAGGCUUUCCAAUCACAGUUCAAACCUUGCCUUGCCACCAUGGAACAGUUGCAAGCGAAUGCUGACAAACGAAAUGCCUUGGUGCUGCGGAUGACCACCUCUUCGGGCGAUGAGUCCAUGGACCUGCAACUACUUGAGGAAACUUGCAACGAGUUACAGCGAGGUUGGGCUGAGGGCCCUUUCCAACUGCAUGAAUUGGAACCGGGAGCAACCAUAUCCCGGCGGUUUCCUCUGACUCAAGGUGAGAAAACACGUUUGAUAGAUGAUUUUUCUGUAAGUGGUGUCAAUGACAGUUGCAUCAUGCACAACAAGCUUGACCUUCACAUGAUUGACACAUUUUGUGCCAUGAUCAAGAUGUACUUCAACAAGCGCAUUCAGCAGCGCAGCUCCUGCAGUUUGGUUUGCAAAACCUACGACUUGAAGAGUGCUUACCGUCAAGUUCCAAUACGCCCGUCCCACUAUAAGUUUGCAUACUUCAGCAUAUUUAACUGUAAGACUGGCCGUGCUGAAAUAUACAGGUUGAAGACAAUGCCUUUUGGAGCAACUCAUAGUGUCUUUUGUUUCCUCCGCCUGUCUCGCAUGUUGUUUGCCAUUGCUACAAAAGGAUUGUACUUGCUGUCAACUAAUUUUUACGAUGAUUUCAUCCUAGCAGCACAAGUGGACCUUCAGCAAUCAGCGCGUUGCAGUAUGGAGCUCCUGUUCCGCCUUACGGGUUGGCUCUAUGCUGGAGAAGGUAAAAAGGCUACUCAGUUCAGCCAGUUCUGCAAAGCCCUGGGCGUGGAAUUCGACUUUAGCCGAUCUGAACAGGGUAUAUUGCAUGUCUGCAAUACCCAAGCCAGAAGAGACGAACUGGUCAAGCAGAUUUCUGAUGCAGUUGCCAAGGGCUGCCUUGGCAAACAUGAAACGCUGGUCUUAAGAGGGCGUUUGGGUUUUGCAGACAGUUUUUUACAUGGUCGCCUAGGAAAACUGGUCCUCAAGAACCUUGUUGAUCAUGCAUAUGGGAAAAGCAGCCGAAUGGAGCCAGACCUUGUCGUCGCCCUAAAGGCCAUGGUGGAUCGGUUGCAGCUUGCGGGGCCACGUAGAGUCACUUCUGGGAAUGCCAAACAAUGGUGCAUUUUUACGGAUGCGAGCUUUGAACAAAGCGUAGGCACUGGUGGGAUAGGUGGCGUCCUAGUCGAUUCUGCUUCGAAAGUGCAACAAUGGUUUGGGAUAUAUCUUGAUGAACACGUCUGCAAGUUGUUUGGAUCGGAUGACAAAGGAACGAUCAUUUAUGAGCUUGAGUUGUUGGCAGCGGUGUUGGCGACAAGUUUAUGGUGCGCAGAUUGCAGUGACGAUAUGCAUGUUCAUUUUGGUGACAACGACAGCGUAAGAUUUUCACUAGUGCGAGCGUGCGCUAGUGGUGAUGUUGCUCAGCGUUUGACGCAGUACAACCUUCAGCUUGAGGCAAAAAGUGGCACACGUCUCUGGUUUGCCAGGGUUCCCACUGAAUGCAAUAUCAGUGACUAUCCCUCCAGGCAACAGUCACAUCCUCUGCUGGGCAUCGAAGAAGACAUGUCUGGAAAAGCGAAAGAGUUUCUGCAAAAGAUCCUGGAGGAUGUUCAGGUCCCCAAAGCGAUGUGGAGCCAGGCUUUGGAGGUUCGUGGCAAGGAAGGAAGCCUUUACGAUGUGUUGGGUGUGGAUAAGAAUGCCAGCGAACAAGAGAUCAAGAAGGCGUACAAGCGAGCUGCUGUGAAGUUUCACCCUGACAAGGCUCCUGAGAGCGAACGUCCUCAGUACGAGGAGCGCUUUAAGCGAAUCUCGAGGGCCUACGAGAUCUUAUCAGAUCCCGAGAAACGUCGAGCCUAUGACCUCAGGGGCGAGUCCGCCUUCGAUGGUGCCGGCGGUGGCGCACAGGGUGGCUUUGGCCCUGGAGUUGAUCCUUUUGACAUGUUCAGGAGUAUGUUUGGCCAGAACUUUGGCUUCGGUGUGGCGCGCACGCCUGAUGUAGGCUACGAAGUUGAAGUGACAAUGGAGGAGAUGUACAAGGGCUUCAACAAGAGUGUUCGCUACGACCGGGACGCAGUCUGCCGAACCUGUCAAGGGAUGGGGGCCACGCAGAUCGAAACCUGUGUGUUUUGCAAUGGCCGUGGAGUGAUUGUCGAAGAUCGGCAGGUGGGUCCUGGUUAUUUCCAGCGAGUGCAACGUCACUGCCAGCGCUGUGGGGGUCAGGGUGCGCAGGCAAGGAACCGCUGUUCCAAGUGCCGUGGCAAAGGCUUUGUCAAAGAGCAGGCUGCUGCCUGCGAUGGCUCUGGGAGUUAUGUGGGCUGUCCCAACACUAUUAGUAUGACGUAA